UAGAAAUGAACCCCCAUCGGCCAAUAAUUCCCCUGCAAGACCCCCCCCCCCCCCCCCCUUUCGCUAUUGCCCAUAAUUGGCGGCAGGAAAUGAGGGCCAAUAAUACCAAUCAGCCGUAUGGAGCGUAACCGCGUACUAGCGUGACGGUACCAGCUAAGGGCAGUUCUGCGUUUUCAUUUCAUUUCCCGCUGUGCAGGCGUCACUUGGUUGACCCCUUUCUGCUUUCUGCUUUCUGCUUUCUUUCUUCAUCUUCAUCGUCGCCGUCUGCUUCUUCUCCUCUCUCUCUCUCUCUCUCUCUCUUUUGUCUUCUUCCCUUCUCUUCUUCUUGUCUUCUCUCUCUUCGUCUCUCCUUUAAGGCUUUGCGACCCUCCCUCCCCCUCCGCAUCACCGUUCAUUUCUUUCUCUUCGACGACUUACUCCCGUCUUUUCCCUGACCACCGCUUCACUCCUUCAGCGGGCAUUCAUUCUUCACGAAGCCAAGAUCCUCACUCCUUCCACAUCCAAAUAACAACACCCCAAAGCAAAAAGCCAUAUUAUCUGUUCUGCCUGUCUCGCGAUAUCAACAUUAUCCCCGUUUUGACUGCGACACCAUGAAGGGAGCCCUCUUCUUUUCCGCCGCCGCGGCUGUCGCUGGCACGGCCCUGGGCCAUGUCGGCCAUCAACAGCACCACGGCUUCCACCAGCGUCGUGCCUAUCCGGCCAACCCCAUCCCCAGCGACAGCAGCAGCUACGAGGCUUCGCCUGCCCCGACCACCACCGGCGGCUAUGAGGCUUCGCCCAUUCCCACCCUCAGUUCCUACGUGGUUUCUCCCCCAGAUACCACUGAUGUAUCUCCUUAUCCCACUGAUGGCCCCGGUGGCGAUGAUGAUGGGAACUGUGGUUGCAUCACCAAGGUCAUCACUUACUAUGGAGAGCCAAGCCUGGUUGAGGAGAAGACGACGACCAUCAAGACGACCAGCACCACGACUACGACUGUCUCCGUCACUCCUGAACCUGAUCUUCCUACUCCAAUAGUCACCGUCUUCCCAACCCCAGGAACCUAUACUAUCCCAGCGACGACUAUCAUCGUUACCAGGGAAACUACUGUCUGCGCUGCGGAAAGCACUGCUGUUUCUCCUGGUGAGCACACCUACGGCGGUGUUACCACCGUUGUGACCACUGCAACCACUGUCACCUGCGACAUUGCCGUUACCAAACCCGUCGGCGAUACUGUCACUAGUGUUAUUGAGCAGACCACUUAUGUCUGCCCCACCCCUGGCACCUAUACCAUCGCUCCUUCAACCACUAGUGUUCCCGCCAGCACCGUCUUUGUAUAUCCCACCCCGGCCACCUACACGCCUGGCACCUACACUCAGCCCGCCCAGACCGUGACUGCCACAGAGACCAACUAUGUUUAUGUUUGCCCCGCCCCAACUGGUGAUCACCCCGCCCCUCCCGCUUACCCUACCUCCAAGCCAUCCCCCCCGGUCAAAGCUCCCGAGCCAAAGCCUCCCGUCGAGCCAAAGCCUCCAGCUGAGCAGAAACCCCCAACCCUUGGUGGCGGCGAGAAAUGGGGCAUGACCUACUCUCCUUACACCAAUGAUGGACAGUGCAAGGGCGCUGGUGCCGUCGCUGCCGAUAUCGCCCUCAUCAAGCUCAAGGGCUUCAAAACCGUCCGUGUCUACGGCACUGACUGCGACAGCCUCCAGAACAUUGGCAACGCGUGCAAACUGAACGGUCUCAAUAUGAUCCUCGGUGUUUUCGUCUCCAACAAGGGCAUUGAUGAAGCCAAGCAACAGGUCCAGCACAUUGUCGACUGGGGCAACUUCGGCAUGGUCGACUUGAUCGUCGUUGGUAACGAGGCGCUCCAUCAAGGUACCGCCAACGCAGGUUCCCUUGUUGGCCUCCUCGGCUACGCCAGGAGCUCCUUCAGGAAUGCCGGUUACAAUGGCCCAAUCACCACCACUGAGCCCCUCAACAAGUGGCUCGAGGCCGGCAAGAGUUUCUGCCCAUAUAUCGAUGUCAUUGGCGCCAACAUCCACUGCUUCUUCAAUCCCAACGUCGUUGCCUCCGAGUGCGGUAGCUUCAUCCAGAACCAGAUGAAGAUCCUCGGAGAGAUCUGCCCAGGGAAGGAUGUCAUCAACUUGGAGACCGGCUGGCCCAGCGGCGGCUCCAGCAAUGGAAAGGCCAUCGCUUCCAAGCAGGCUCAAACCGCCGCCAUCAAAUCCAUCAUCGACAAAGUUGGAUCCAAGUCCGUGUUCUUCUCCUUCUCCAACGAUCUCUGGAAGGACCCAGGUGCUUUUGGCGUCGAGCAAUACUGGGGAUGCGGUGAUCUCUUUUAAAUGACUGUGUAACACCUCAUUUGUUCCCUGCAACCUUGGUUUCUUUUCUUUUUCUUCUUUUACUUUUGUGUCAAGAUUACCCCCUCAAGUCAAUUGAAAAGAGAAAAUUAAAAGAAGAUUUUUUAUUUCCAAACUGUUGUUGCAUGGUUUAGACGAGAUGUUAUUGGGAGUUUUUUGUUUUUUUGUUUCCUGUUUGUUCGUUUUCCUUCUUACUUCACUUGAGAUAUGCUUUUCUGUUUCUAUCUUAUUCACUGUAUGUUUGCCUUUGGAAGAAAAAUCUGAUUUUAAUUAUCUUACAUAUUAUAAAUAAGCGGGAAACAACGGGAUGCAACAAACCUUAUCCUGUUUUUCUUAUUUUUUUCUCCUCUACAACAUCAUUCUUCUUGUUUUGCUCCUUUGCUCCAGGUCUUCGCGGGGCAAAAAGAAAAACGGGCACUGAAGACUGAAUCAGAACUGUGCAAGGGUGAUUGUGCAAGAACACAUUGGAAACAGUAUUCAUAUCCUCGUUACUUGACUAUUCACAUCCAGCCCUCACAUGAAUUGUUCCGAUUGAUGACCCCGCCUUCUCAAAAAGGCAAAAAUAAGAGAGAGGCAAAUGAAACAGAGCUUAUAUCAAUCUAUUUUAACUCACAGACAGAAAAAGAAAGAUAUAUUUUAUAUUAUUUUAUUAUAUAUUACAAGCCUCAAUCGCUC